ACCGCUAGGGACUGGGAGGAUGAAAUCAGAGCUGCCAAAGAAUGCGGCAUCGACGGAUUCGCACUAAACACGGGUUCUCAGGAUCACUGGCUUGAUGAGCAGUUGACUUUGGCUUACCAAGCCGCUGAACGGGCUGGAGGCUUUGUCCUUUUCAUCUCUUUCGAAUUUACUAGCUUUGCGUUUGAGUGGACAGUUCAGCAGGUGGUAGACUUAAUCAACCGGUUCAAGUAUUCGCCCGCGCAAUGUGUAGUUGAUGGGAGACCGUUUGUAUCGACGUUCGAGGGCCCUCAAUGGGCGGAAAACUGGCCCUUAGUCCGUCAAGCGACGGGCGGUAUCUUCCUCGUUCCGGACUGGGCCAGUCUUGGACCUCAUGGGGUUGCCCAGAAACUCGACAUCAUCGAUGGUGCCUUUUCUUGGGACGCAUGGCCAAAGGGAUGCAAUCACAAGAUGGGCCCGGAUGAAGAUCAUCUGUACUUGCAAGCCCUUCAAAUCGAACAGCCAGGUAUCUUUGGGACACCAAACAACAAGCACAAGUAUAUGAUGGGUGUCAGUCCUUACUUUUAUACGAACCUCCCACAGUGGAACAAGAACUGGUACUGUUCUAGCGAAUCUCUCUGGUAUGACCGUUGGCAACAGAUUCUAGAGGUUCAGCCGGACUUUGUCGAGAUCAUCACUUGGAACGACUAUGGUGAAUCCAGCUACAUCUACGACCCCCAUCGAGAUGACCAGGUUGUGCCAGGAGCAGACGCUUACGUCAAGGGCCACUCACACGACGCCUACCGUGCCAUUCUGCCUCAUUUCAUCCAGGCUUACAAGGCAGGAAAGACCAAGGCUAAGCCACGAGAGCAUCUGGAAGACGUGGCAAUUGCAUGGUACCGCAGGACACCGGCCAGUGCAGGUCACCAUGGUGGU